AUGGCACCCCAAUUCGAGCCCAUGAAGAAUGACCUCAUUCUGCGCACAGCACGAGGCGAAAAGGUCGAGCGCCCACCGAUAUGGGUGAUGCGCCAAGCCGGACGUUACUUGCCGGAAUACCACGAGGCGAAAGGCAAGAACGACUUCUUCGAAUGCUGCCGCAGCCCCGAAAUCGCAUCCACCCUCACCCUCCAGCCCAUUGAGCGCUACGAAGGCCUCAUCGAUGCCGCCAUCAUCUUCUCCGAUAUCCUCGUCAUUCCGCAAGCGAUGGGAAUGGAGGUCAUAAUGGUGGAUAAGAAGGGCCCGCACUUCCCCGAGCCGCUGCAAACGCCAGAGGACAAGCAGUACAAGGAGGUUCUUGAGAGGAAGGUGGAUGUUGCCGAGUCGUUGGACUAUGUCUACAAGGCCAUCACCAUGACUAGGCAAAAGCUGGCAGGAAGAGUGCCGCUGAUUGGCUUCUGUGGCGCACCCUGGACAUUGCUGUGCUACAUGGUCGAAGGCGGUGGCAGCAAGAUGUUCAUCCAGACCAAGACAUGGAUCUACAAGUACCCCGAGGAGAGCAAAGCGCUGCUGCAGAAGAUUGCCGAGCUUUGCGUGGAGUACCUGGCUCUUCAAGUUCAGGCUGGUGCACAGAUGAUCCAAGUCUUCGAUUCCUGGGCAGGAGAGCUAUCGCCAACCUCCUUCAAAACCUUCGCUCUGCCAUAUCUCAACUACAUCGCCGACAACCUGCCCGCGCGUCUCCAAUCCAAGGGCCUCGAGCCAGUUCCUAUGACCGUCUUCGCGAAAGGCGCAUGGUACGCCUUGUCGGAUCUUUGCGACACCAAGUACAACACAAUCGGUCUCGAUUGGCUACAUGCGCCGGCGGAAGCAUACAAGAUUGCGCAGGCAAAGGGUAAGGUGCUUCAAGGUAAUGCGGACCCGGGUGUCUUGUACGGUACCAAGGACUCUAUUACAAAGGUGGUAGAGGAGAUGGUCGCUGGGUUUGGUGGCGGCAAGCAGGGGUGGAUCGCCAACCUUGGACACGGUAUCACACCGUUCGUCAAGCCAGACGACCUCAAGUUUUACUUUGAAGAGAUCCACAGAUUAACGAAAGCCUAA